UUGUGGACAGGAUCUCACACCAUGAUGGGAAGGACUUGAAUAGGUUGUGCCUGUACAUCAGGGAUUAGAAAUCGAAUGGCUUUAAUUAUAUUUGUUAUCGCCGUCAUCUUCCUGACUGCACAAAUCAAUGCCUCAACAGGAAAAAAUAUCUCCAACCCUGACUGGAACCGCUCCACUGAUGAAGCAAACAGCUCUGCAGUGUCUUACCGUACUCACGCGCUAGUGAAGCGCAGCUGGGACUCAGGUAGAGCAGUGAUACCAAAACGUACCAUUCUGGCGAAAGUCAUGGUUGCCGGAACCUGUUUCAUCUGCAUAGCGCUGGUGGCUGGAGUCUGCAUUUUCAUUCGUACCUACUUGAAACAUCAUAAAGAGUACCAGUACAUCCAACAAAAGGUGAUGUCUCACAUUCCGAAAAUUAAACCACGAUUUAAAGUCUUGAAGCUUAAGUCGAAAGCACUCCUUAAAGGCCGUAAACAAGAAGUUGUAAAAAUGGAGGAAGGAACGGACAUAAAUGAGGAAGUUGAAGAUGAGGAGCCUGAAGAUGAUGGAAAUGGGAAACAAUAUGAAUCAGAGGAGGAAGCAACAGAGGAGCCGGCAGGAAAUGAGGAGGAAGCAACAGAGGAGCCGGCAGGAGAUGAGGAAGAAUUUGAAGAAAAAUUUGAAACAAAAAAAGGCAUUUUAGACAAACCGAGGAUGGUGGAAGAAAAAACUAAGGCAAUGAUGGAUGAAAAUAAUGACUAUAAAGCAAAAGCAGACACUAAGCAAAGUAAGACAAGUGAAGAAAAGAAACUGAAAAAACCUGUGAAACUGGAAAAACCUGUGAAACUGGAAAAACCUGGGAAAGCUGAAGCAGGGAGCAAAGAGAAAAAGGUUUCAACAAAGUCUGCCAAAACAUCUGUGGCAAGUGCGAAGGAGAAAGUCAAAUCCAUCAAAGUGCCACCCAAAGUGCCACCUAAAGUGCCACCUAAAGUGCAGAAACUGCAGCAAAAAACCAUAAAGGUAAAAAAGGUUGAGAAAACAAAAUCAAAGAAGGGAAAAACUGGCAAAAAAUAGGACAUAACUUAUACAACACAUUAAAAGUGUAAGUUAUUAUAA